CCCGCGCCUCGUCCGCCGCCGCCGCCCGAGACUCACGCAGAGCAGUUAUGGCGGAUCCCGCAGCCCCCGCGCCCGCCGCGCCCGCCGCGCCCGCCCAGGCCCCGGCUCCCGCUCCCGCCCCGGAGACGGCGCCGACGUCCGGCCCGGACUCGACCUCCGGGCCCUCCUCAGACUCCGGCCCCGAAGCCGGCUCGCAGCGCUUGCUGUUCUCUCACGACCUGGUGUCGGGCCGUUACCGCGGCUCGGUGCACUUCGGGCUGGUGCGCCUCAUCCACGGCGAGGACUCGGACUCGGAGGGCGAGGACGAUGGCCGCGGCAGCUCGGGCUGCUCCGAGGCGGGCGGCGCCGGCCACGAGGAGGGCCGGUCCAGCCCGCUGCGCCGCGGCUACGUGCGCGUCCAGUGGUACCCGGAGGGCGUCAAGCAGCACGUGAAGGAGACCAAGCUGAAGCUGGAGGACCGCUCUGUGGUGCCCCGGGACGUGGUCCGGCACAUGCGCUCCACUGACAGUCAGUGCGGCACAGUGAUUGACGUCAACAUCGACUGUGCUGUCAAGCUCAUCGGCACCAACUGCAUCAUCUAUCCGGUCAACAGCAAGGACCUGCAGCACAUCUGGCCCUUCAUGUAUGGGGACUACAUUGCUUAUGACUGCUGGCUGGGCAAAGUCUACGACUUGAAGAACCAGAUCAUCCUGAAGCUCUCCAAUGGUGCCAGGUGCUCUAUGAACACAGAAGAUGGUGCCAAGCUCUACGAUGUGUGCCCGCAUGUCAGCGACUCGGGUCUCUUCUUCGACGACUCCUACGGCUUCUACCCGGGUCAGGUGCUCAUCGGCCCCGCCAAGAUCUUCUCCAGCGUCCAGUGGCUGUCGGGGGUCAAGCCGGUGCUCAGCACCAAGAGCAAGUUCCGAGUGGUGGUGGAAGAGGUGCAGGUCGUGGAGCUGAAAGUCACGUGGAUCACCAAGAGCUUCUGUCCAGGAGGCACAGACAGCGUCAGCCCCCCGCCUUCCACCAUCACUCAGGAAAACCUGGGCAGGGUGAAGCGGCUUGGCUGCUUUGAUCAUGCGCAGCGGCAGCUCGGGGAGCGCUGCCUGUAUGUCUUCCCUGCCAAGGUAGAGCCAGCAAAGAUCGCCUGGGAGUGUCCAGAGAAGAACUGUGCCCAGGGGGAGGGCUCCAUGGCCAAGAAGGUAAGGCGCCUCCUGAAGAAGCAGGUCGUGAGGGUCAUGUCUUGCUCCCCGGAUACCCAGUGUCCUCGGGACCAUUCCACGGAGGACGCAGACAAGAAAGGAGAGGCCAAAACCAAGCGUGAGCCGGCUGCUGCCAGCCCUGAGGGGACCCCUGAGAUGCCCGCCAGCCCCGUGGAGAUGCGGGAGGAGGGUGUCGAGGAGCCCGCCGAGGCCGGCCAGCGGCCGCCCCCUUUCCUGCUGAAGGAGGGCGGGGACGACAGGCUGCAGUCGGUGGAGCAGGAUGCAGACGACGAGGCGGCCGACGACACGGACGACACCAGCUCGGUGACCUCCUCGGCCAGCUCCACCGCCUCCUCCCAGAGCGGCAGUGGCACCGGCCGCAAGAAGAGCAUCCCCUUGUCCAUCAAGAACCUGAAGCGGAAGCACAAGAGGAAGAAGAACAAAAUCAGCCGAGACUUCAAACCGGGAGACAGGGUGGCAGUGGAGGUGGUGACCACCAUGACCUCGGCCGACGUGAUGUGGCAGGACGGCUCCGUGGAGUGCAAUAUCCGCUCCAACGACCUCUUCCCCGUGCACCACCUGGACAACAACGAGUUCUGCCCUGGGGACUUCGUGGUGGACAAGCGGGUCCAGAGCUGUCCAGACCCUGCAGUUUAUGGCGUGGUGCAGUCUGGGGACCACAUCGGGCGCACCUGCAUGGUGAAGUGGUUCAAGCUGCGGCCGAGUGGUGAUGACGUGGAGCUGAUUGGGGAAGAGGACGAUGUGAGCGUUUACGACAUUGCCGAUCACCCUGACUUCCGCUUCCGCACCACUGACAUUGUCAUCCGCAUUGGCAAUGCCGAAGAUGGGGCUCCUCACAAGGAGGAUGAGCCGUCGGUGGGCCAAGUGGCCCGUGUGGACGUCAGCAGCAAGGUGGAGGUGGUAUGGGCUGACAACUCCAAGACCAUCAUCCUGCCCCAGCACCUGUACAACAUUGAGUCAGAGAUCGAGGAGUCAGACUACGAUUCCGUGGAAGGCAGCACCAGUGGGGCAUCCUCGGAUGAGUGGGAGGAUGACAGCGACAGCUGGGAGACGGACAACGGGCUGGUGGAAGAUGAGCACCCCAAGAUAGAGGAGCCCCCCAUCCCACCCACUGAGCAACCAGCCGCACCCGAGGAGGACAAGGGGGUGGUGAUCAGCGAAGAGGCUGCCACGGCUGCCAUCCAGGGCGCGGUGGCCAUGGCCACGCCCAUGGCAGGACUGAUGGAGAAGGCCAGCAAGGACGGGCCCCCCAAGAGCUUCCGGGAGUUGAAGGAGGCCAUCAAGAUCCUGGAGAGCCUCAAGAACAUGACAGUGGAGCAGCUGCUCACCGGCUCCCCUACCUCCCCGACCGUGGAGCCCGAGAAGCCCACACGGGAGAAGAAGUUCCUGGACGACAUCAAGAAGCUGCAGGAGAACCUCAAGAAGACCUUGGACAAUGUGGCCAUUGCAGAGGAGGAGAAGAUGGAGGCCAUGGCAGAAGCCGAGCGCAAGGAGGACAAGCCUGAGGGCCAGUCCCCGGUGAAGGCCGAGUGGCCCAGCGAGACCCCGGUGCUGUGCCAGCAGUGUGGUGGCAAGCCCGGCGUCACCUUCACCAGCGCCAAGGGCGAGGUCUUCUCCGUGCUGGAGUCUGCACCCUCAAAUCACUCAUUCAAGAAAAUUGAGUUCCAGCCGCCAGAAGCCAAGAAAUUCUUCAGCACAGUGCGAAAGGAGAUGGCGCUGUUGGCUACCUCACUGCCUGACGGCAUCAUGGUCAAGACUUUCGAGGACCGAAUGGACCUCUUCUCCGCCCUCAUCAAGGGCCCCACACGGACCCCCUAUGAGGACGGCCUCUACCUGUUCGACAUCCAGCUCCCCAACAUCUACCCAGCUGUGCCCCCCCACUUCUGCUACCUCUCCCAGUGCAGUGGCCGCUUGAACCCAAACUUGUACGACAAUGGGAAGGUGUGCGUCAGCCUGCUGGGCACCUGGAUCGGGAAGGGGACAGAGAGGUGGACAAGCAAGUCCAGCCUUCUGCAGGUGCUCAUCUCCAUCCAAGGGCUGAUCCUGGUGAACGAGCCCUACUACAACGAGGCCGGCUUUGACAGUGACCGGGGCCUGCAGGAGGGCUACGAGAACAGCCGCUGCUACAACGAGAUGGCGCUCAUCCGCGUGGUGCAGUCCAUGACGCAGCUGGUGCGGCGGCCGCCCGAGGUCUUCGAGCAGGAGAUCCGGCAGCACUUCAGCACGGGCGGCUGGCGCCUGGUGAGCCGCAUUGAGGCCUGGCUGGAGACACACGCGCUGCUGGAGAGGGCCCAGGGCCUGCCCAACGGGGUCCCCAAGGACCAAGGCUCCCCGGAGCCCCCUGCCAUGGCUGAGCUCUCGGACUCGGGCCGCGAGGACCCCGAGGAUGGGGGACUGGCCCCUGGGGAGGCCUCGCAGGGCUCCGACUCAGAGGGGGGCGCACCGGGCCCGGCCUCGGCCAGCAGGGACCCCACAGACCAGGCUCCGGGGACGGCACCAGACGCCUCUGUGCCACCCAGCGUUAAACCAAAGAAACGGAGAAAGAGUUACCGGAGUUUCCUGCCUGAGAAGAGUGGCUACCCUGACAUCGGCUUCCCCCUCUUCCCGCUCUCGAAGGGUUUCAUCAAGAGCAUCCGGGGUGUGCUGACGCAGUUCCGGGCAGCGCUGCUGGAGGCAGGCCUGCCUGAGGUCACAGAGGACAAGUAGCCCCAGGCCCAGAGGAAGGGGCAUCACAGAGGGCGAGGCCAGCUGCUGCCCGCUCCCUCCCUCGCCUGCAGCCUCUCCCCUGCCCAUCCGUCCCCUCUGUCCCCCAGUGCCAGCCCCCGCCCCGUCCCCCGGGUGAACGUGGCGCUGAAGUGCCAGGAGCGUCUCGAGGUGCUGCGGUUCCCUUUGCGCCGAUGUGGGACCCUGCCACAGGCUUUCCGCUCACUGCCCCCGGCAGAGCGUCCCAGCUCUCGUCCGCAGGGCACAGGUGGCGUGCUACUGGGGCCUGGGGCUGGCUCCGCACAGACCAGUGGGAGGGUGGAUGUGGCUUGCAUGAAGGGUAGGUUGUCCCCGCAGAUCCCCUGGUCCCCACUGACCUCAGCAGUCCCUGUAGCCUCCCCAUGUCCAAGUCCUCCCUUGUCCCCUGACAUGGGCAUUGUCUCCAGGGAGCUGUAGCUGCUGUCCCUGACCCCUGGCGCCACCUGGCCCGCUAACUGCAUUAUAGCCCUUAGGCCUGUUGGACUGGCUCUCGGAGAGGUUGGGACCAGGUGAGGUGGAGGAUCAUACGCAGGAGGGGGGUGGCCCCUGCAGAGACUGCUCUGGGUGCCUUGCUGUGCUGUCUGGGGCUGGCAGGGGCAUGCAUCGUGUGGACUGUGACAGGUGGCGUCUUAGCCCCACAGGCUGGGGCAGCAGCACACAGCUGAGGCACAGGCGGGAAUGCUGGGAGGUGGCCUGGGGAGCUGGCCCUGGCAGCCUUUGGCUUCCAGAGUCUGCAGGCUCAACCCCAGAGGGAACAUGCGUGUGAGUGCUGGGACCUCCCCGAGACAGACCCAGAGGUUUCCAAGUUUUCUAAGCUUUUGAUAAUGUGAAGCUCCAGGUUGAAAAAGCUGUUGAGCACACUGCAGCUCUGUAAUUUUUGGUGUAUGUAUGUAAUAUUUAAGGUUGGAAAAAAGAAAUCUCAGAAGCAAAGA